CGCUGCGCGCGGCUUGCCCUUGCCCUACAGCCCUAGCGCACCCGCGCCGCCCUAGACCUCGCCGGUCGUCGAGCCGCCGGGCGCCAGCCGCAUCGCCGCCGCCGCACCCGCAGAUCCUGCGCUCAUCCUCGGGAGGCGGCCAGGGAGCAGUAGCCUGGAGGGGCGCUGCCGGCUGCCGCGGUGCCUGCCGCCCUGCGCUGCGCUGCGCUGCGCUGCCUGGGUGAGAGGCGGCAAGGGAGCAACAGCCAGCAGGGGGAGGCGGCCAGGCGUAGCGCGCAGGCGGGGAGCAGGCCCUGCGCCCCUGCAGCUCAACGCCUCAGCCCGAGAAGAAGAAAACAGGGAGCCAGAUCGAGUGAACCAAGGUGAAUGGAGGAUUCACAAAUCCAUUCAUAAUUUUUUAUUACUUAUGAUUAAUUGGUUAUAGAUUCGUGAUAAAAUAGCAGCAAUGUAUACAUGUAUUUGUAAGCAUCCUUAUCAAUGCCAUUUGCUGCUUGAUUUAUUUAAGAUAAUCACAAUUUGAUUGUUGAACAUUUAGAUCUAUUAUCUAUGUGUUGAAUAAUUUUCAAAUUAUGAACAAUUUAUGUUAUCGGUACUCAAUUAAUGCAUGUGUGUAUUUUGAGCUGUCAAAAAUUUUUUUUGACCAACACUUGAAAUUUCGAAUACCCACCACCCAAAUCCUGGGCCCGCCCCUGAUGCACGUACGUUUUUUAAAUUGAGUAAGAUGACUUGUUUUUAGGACAAAUUUUAAAUGCUAAAUUGACUCUUUUUUUUUACGGAGGGAGCAUAUAGCUACUACUAGCUCUCAUCUUAAGUAAGCUAGUACUCAAGCAAUUACUAUAGAGUGCAAUCAAAUCAAAUCGAAUCGAAUUACUCAUCAUUGGGUGUUGUUGGGCCUUCUGAGAUUAGUUGGGCCGUGGCCCAUUAACUACGCAGAAAUUCUCUGAGCUGUCUGAUCUCUCUGUCUUGGUCGGUGGAGGAGGAAAAGAAAAAAAAAAGAAAGAGGAAGGAAUCGCUCCGGCGACCGGCGGCGAUUGGGACGGGAUGGACGGAGCCAAGACGCCGCCGCCGGCGGGUGGGAAGCGGGAGCUGGAAGUGGCGCUGCUUCACAUCAUACAACACCACCACCACCAAUCCCUCCGCCAACGCCAACAAACUGAGAGAGCCAAGAAGGAUGCCUUGAGAAGCGCGCUGCGGGUGUCCGAUCUCCUCGUCGACACGGUCGACGGUGGCGUGCAGGAGCUCUUCGUCAACGAGAAGCGCAUCGAGCAUGAGGCCCGCGCGCUGCUCACCACUAUCGCACGCUACAGGAAGCAGACUGACCAGUGGCUGGCUGCCACCAACGAAAUCAACUCAGUCUUGAAGGAAAUUGGAGAUUUCGAGAACUGGAUGAAGAUCAUGGACUUUGACUGUAAAAGUAUCAAUGCAGCGAUACGCAAUAUUCAUCAGUCAUGACUCUACCUGCAGUCACAACUUCAGCAAGUAUUCGUGUCAUUAGAUGUGCUAAUUAUGCGAGUUGGAAACCCUCUUGGAUUGAACUGCUUCCUGUUUUUCUGUACAAAACUGUAAAAUGAAUCCUUGCCAAGUAUCUCUGCUAUGAGUACCAUCUCUGAUCCCUUCAAUUUUCAAAGUGACGAUAUUUGAUCAAAAUACACCUUGAUCUGAUCAAGUCUUGCUA